AUGUCCGUUGAGAAUUCUCCCAGUUUUGUGACCUCAGAGGACGAAAACGAGUCAUCAUUAGGGUCUCAAAAACGAAAGACUGCUAAUAACCCAGAAGAGUGGAAGCCUCCGGAACUGCAGUCUAAGAAACGCUUUCGUUCAGGAAUCGGGAGUGGAAUAAAUCUCGUCUCCUAUGCUCUGGACAAUGAUGACGGUGACAGUGGUUCGGAAAAUGAAGGUUCGGAGUCGAACCACAGCGGCUCCUCCGCAGACGGUGAUGUAGAGAAUAACGACGUCAGUACCAUUGGUGGUGCUCUCCACUUUGGUGCUCCUGAUGGCGGUCCACUAACCGUGCUUAGUUCGGCGCACAUCGAGGCUGCGCACGAUUCGCCGGCGACGCUACCUGAGGAGACCCACGGUGACACAGACGAACACUUUCAGAAGGAGCAACCAUCAUAUCAAUCCUCACCUUCAAAUGGCAGCGGUCACAAUCAAUCCCUGGAAGUGGCCCUGCCGCCAGAACCUAAGGAGCUUUGUAGUAUGCAGUUGCAGAAUACUGUUGAAAAUACUCUGCGUCGAAUGCAGCAUGACAUCGGAUUUGAUCCUAAUAGCGUUAUUCAGGAUAACAAAGCUUUCAGGAAUCCCAGCAUUUACAAAAAGCUGAUUAGUUUCUUGGAAAUUGACGAAAAAGGAACAAACUUUUCGUCGGAUGUCUUCAAUCCUUACCGUUGGGACGCGAAUUCCUUUUACGAUAAACUGGGCGAAAUACAAAAUCGCGAGGUAGAGCGCCUCGAUAAACUGCAGAAGGAGCGUCGAAAGGUGGAGGCUAGCAGUGCAGCGGGCGUGAAUACAGUCACAGGGCUGCAGCGCGCUGCCGGCGGACCCAACAUUGGCACAUCCGCCGCCACUGGCACCAGCGCCGCGGUUCCCGCUCCCAUAACCGAAAACCGCUCCGAGGUCAGGAAGAGGUCCAAAUGGGACACAGUCGCUCCGAUGGAGUCCUUGCAUCCCCCACUUAAGGUGGCAGCACCCCAAGUGGUGGAUCCAAUGGCAACCAAAGUAACAAUUCCCGCCAUUGGCGAUCUCUUUCACAAGAAGUAG